UUCAUCCAGACGCGGCCGUCGCGGCGCCGCCUCAAGCAGUCGGGGAUCCUGCGUGAGCGCGUGUUCGGCUGCGACCUGGGCGAGCAUCUGUUCAACUCGGGACACGACAUCCCGGUGGUGCUGAAGAGCUGCGCCGAGUUCAUCGAGGCGCACGGCAUCGUGGACGGCAUCUACCGGCUCUCAGGCGUCACGUCCAACAUCCAGCGGCUCAGGAACACGUUCGACGAGGACCGGGUGCCAGACCUGACGGAGCCUAGCGUGCGCCAGGACAUCCACAGCGUCUGCCUGCUGAAGCAGUACCUGCGCGAGCUGCCCAACCCGCUGCUCACCUACCAGCUGUACGACAAGUUCGUGGCCGCCGUUCAGAGCAGCGACGACCAGCGACUGCUGCGCAUGCGCGACGUGGUUGUUCAGCAGCUGCCGCCGCCCCACUACAGGACGCUGGAGUACCUGGUCCGUCACCUGGCGCGGGUCUCCACCCACUCGCACAGCACCGGCAUGACGGCCAAAAACCUGGCCAUAGUCUGGGCACCAAACCUGGUGCGAAGCCAGGAGCUCGAGGCCGGCGGCGUGGCCGCGCUACAGGGUAUUGGGGUGCAGGCGGUGCUGGUAGAGUACCUGAUCCGGUACAGCGAGCUGAUCUUCAGCGACAAGCUGCCGGCCUUCGCUCCGGAUCAGCCGUCGCUGCCGCGCGCCACCAAGCGCUCGCGUCCGCGCUCACUGGCCAUCUCCACACCGACCAAGUUACUCAGCCUGGAGGAGGCCCGCGCGCGCGCGCUCGGCUCGCCCGCCAAGGCCGACCAGAACUACAUUGAAGUCGGCGGCGGGCCGUCCGCGCUCCCGGCCAAGUACCACACGGUGCUCCGGCCGCCGCGCCGCCGUACCGGCUCGCUCAAGUUCGGCCGCGCCCCCAUCGGCUGGCGCUCCCUGUUCCGCAGCCGCCAGAGCCGCUCGCGGCAGGCCGGCGCCGACGCCGACGCCGGCGUCGACGCGGCUACGUCGCCCGUCGACAUCGCACUAACGAACCGGACCUUGACUGAGUCUGACCUGAGUCAAGGUCAGAAUCGGGUCAUGACCCAGGGACUGCGCUCGGUGAGGUCGGCCGAGUCACUCGUCUCCCCGAAGCCGGAGAGUCGGCACAACUCCGAGACGCUGGACUGCCGGUCAGCCGACGCUGACACUGUGACCGCACCGUCGCCGCCGACGCCGCCCGUCUCGAAGGUCGACUCCCCCGACUUCGACUCCGACUCCGACUCGACCCGACAGACGACCUCCGACCGCUCCGCCUCACACGACUCCUACCUCAGCGAGAACUCGCCGCCGAAGCGGCCUCCCCGCGGCGGCCGGCUGGAGGAGGCGGAGGAUGGGGACGAGGAGCGAGAGGAGGUCACCCCGGCCGAGGAGGACGCGCGUGGUCUGACCACGCUGCGUUCACACCCUGUGGCCGAGUCGCCGCUGGCCGCUGCGGGUGCCGCCUCUCACCCGCUCGGCGAAGACGCGGCCGCCGGCGAGACACCCGCCUCGGCAACCACCCGCCCCUCGCUUCCGGCGGACAGCGAAACGCCGGUAACGCCACCCGGCGGCCGGCAGGUGGCAGCAGAAGAGCGAGGCUCGCCGGAGCCGCUUCCUCUGGACGCUCGAGCGCAGCUCACCGACCCCAGCAGCUUCCAGCGCAGCGCCGCUGAUGAGGACGGACCUGAGGCGGUCGCCGAGCGGGCAGUGGCCGACGGCCCGCUUCACGGCCUGGUGCCGGAGGCGCUCGAGCUGCUGGAACGCCGCUUGGGCGCCGGCACCGUCGCCGAUCAGGAGAACAUCGCGGGUGGCCAUGUCCCGCCGCGAGACGACACGUACGAAAACGUGUCGUGCGAGAACUACGAGAACGUGGCCGUGCCCGCGGUCGACGCGACGUACGAGCUGGUGCAGUUCUCCGGCGGGAGCGGUGCCGACGCGACCGGCGAACGCGAGAUGUUCGAGAGCCAGACGUACGAGAACGAGACGUUCGCGCAGCAUCUCUCGUACGAAAAUGUGGACGGUGAGCGGUACGCGAACCUGGCGCCGGCGGACGCCGACGAGCGCUGGGUGUACGAGGACGUGGCGCCGGCUGGGCAGGCGGCGGCCGACGAGGCGGAGCGCGAGUACGAGCCGGUGUGCGUGGCGCGCGCCGGGGACGAGGUGUACCAGCAGGUGCGCGAGUUCCGCCGCUCCCUGCAGGAAGUGAACUCGAUCGUCAAGCCUCUGGUGGUGCCGGCGGAGGACUCGGAAUCGGGGCAAGUGUCGCUACCGUCGUCGAAUUCUCAGAUGACGUUGGAGUCACCAAAGAAAUCUCAAGUGGAUCAGCGGUUACCGGAUGCGUCCCAGAGGGUGUCUGGUUCGCCGGAAGGUUCACAGAUGGAGCUGCGGUGGCUAGAUGUGUGCCAGGUGUUGCCAAGUCUGUUGGAGGGAACUCAAGUGACACUGAGGUCGGCUGACGGAACGCCGCUCGGAGAAGAACCCGAACGCUCGUCGGGAUCUUCGGAUGACUUCCGUGAGUCGGAUGGGGCUGACUCCUGUGCCGGUGAGCACAUGGCUGCCGCCUCCUCGGUCGCACCCCCGAGUGAGGCUUUGGUGGCGCCUGCGGACUGGACCGGUACCGAUCCGGUGCAGACUCCAGCUCCACUUUCGGAUGGGAACCGGCCAGCCUCAACCGACUCGAAGAAGAGCGUGGCGGCUGGAUCGCCGGAACCAUCGUCGAGAGCAGAACUGGAGCCUGCGCAACAGGCCGAUACAGGAGACGGUACGGAAUCCGGGGAUGACUUGCCCGCACACAGCGGGCUGGAGCCAUCACGCACCAGUCAGAACGAGUCAUCCCCGGAGCAGGAGCUGGCGAACCUAUCCGAGCGUGAGGUUGUGCUAGAGCUGCCCCCGCUCUCGUCAGCGGAGCCUUCGGAGGUGGUCGAGGUCGAUCUGGGACCGACGGCCCGGGAGCCGGCUGAGCAGGCACCAAAGCCGCUCGCUCAGGACGGACCACGUGCGGUCACUCGGCGGGCGUCGUGCGACGCACCGGACAGCCCUCCGCCUGGAAAGACUGAUGAAGCGAAGGCUGAGAUUCUAGAGGUUAACAGUCUGCAGUCGCAGGAGCACGUUUCUGCUGGAGAUACUUCUGAUGCUGCCCCUGCCGGCGGUUUGUGCGCCGCUGCCGAGAACGGGUCGGUAUCUGCUGACCCGAGAACACCCUGUGCGGCAACAGGCCAGCCGUCGGUGGCGAGGGCAUGGAGUCGCCCACCAAUGGACCGCUCGCAGACGCUUCCAGCAUCCAGCACAGCCCUGGGAGCCUCGACAGUCCGGAGCGUGGCCCACACCUGGCCGCGCAGGCCGGCCGGCGAGGCGUCCCGCCCGGCGGCUGCAGAGCGUCGCUUGGAGCAAACGUCCUCAUCAGCUCCACACCCGGAGUCGGCCGGACCAGGCGCUUCGCCGAUGCACGCGCCGCCGGCACCCAGCCGCCUCCCGGAGCCGGCGGCAACUCUGCCGCGCGCCGACCCGCGUGCCGAUCUGCGCAGUGACCUGCGUCGGCUCAGUGAGCGGCGCGCCAGCGUGCGCCAGUUGCUGUCGCGCUUCGAGGCGCGCAGCAGCGAAGAGCUGGUACUGUCCGAGGUGUGCGAGCACAGCUUGCGCCUGAGCGAGCGGGCCGUCGGCUCCGUGCACGGCCACUCGCCGCUGCGCGGGCCGCACGCGCUGGCCACUCGGUAG